AUGGCUACAAACGCCGAUGUUCUUCGUCCUGACAACGUGCUGUCACUUGCAGGAAGCGCUUUGCAGGGAGACGGCACUGCAGAAUCUAGUCUGAAGUCGGCUACCGAGGCCGUUGCUCUCAUCGGCCAUGCUUCCAUGGUCGCCGUCGGUUUCAAGCUGGUAGGGUUAGGAGAGGAACAUUCGAUUGCCAGCUCCUCGGACAGCCCCUCUUUGCCAUCGGAAUGGAACCUGAACGAUACCUUAGCUUUUCGAUACUCUCACCCACAAUCCUCCAUGCACUACCUACUCAAAGUGAAUCGACUGGGGAGUAAUGCCGUUAUUCUAGCGCUGGCGCUUGGCGAUGACAGAACUACGUCGUUCGACGUCGCCGCCAAGGAUUUCAUCUCCCCGUCCUCCCUCCCGAUCACGUCGAGCGCCGAUCUCACCUCCGACCGUCUACGCGACGUCUUCAUCUCGUCCUCACGCUUGACCGAUCUAAUCUCUUUGUUCAAGAUCAACGUUAUCCAGAGACUCGCACCCGGGGUGUACAAGGAAGGGUACGAACCUUCCGACAACCUGGCCUUGCAGGAACCACGGGGAGAAAGACCGCCACCGCGAAACCCUUUAGCAGAUGACCCGCUUCCUCAACCCGCUCGUCCGUAUCCUUUCGAUGAUCCCUUGGCGGCCGCUCCGCGCCGGCCGGUUCCCCCUGGUGACUUCGCCCCUCCCGGCUUCGAAGACGAGUUUGAGAUCCAGCGGCCUCCACGGGGCUAUCACCCUGGAUUCGGCGGGAGGAACCCGUUGAAUAUUGGCGAUCGGGAUCUAUACCCCCCUGGACUCGGUCCUCAUGACCCUCUGCGGGGUGGCAUUGGUCCGGGCUUAGGGGGUGGAGGUGGAGGUGGCAUGCACCCUACAUUCGACGAUCCGUUAUUUGGCGGUGGUGGACAAGGCCGAGGAUAUAACCCCCAAGCACCCCCCGGAGCUAGAUACGAUCCGGUCGGACCGGGAGGCGCGCCGUUUGGACGAGGGCGCGGGCCUUUUGGUGGAAGCGGCGCCGGCGGAGGGUUUGGCGGAUUUGGCGGUGACAUCAUUUAG